GUCCUUGGACUGUGCAAUCUGACACGUGAACCGAGGAAUUGACAGGACCCGUCCCACUUCAUCUCGGUCGUUGCAAGCCCGGAGAUGGCCUCCGGUCUCGUUGAGAGAAGCCCGCUCGAGUUCGACUACGUCGGCCAGCAGCCGCGUGGCGGCACGAGCCGGCCGAGUCCUCCGCCGAAGACGUUUCUGGUCAAGAUCGUGGAGAAACCGGAUUACACGCACCGGACACACAUCAGGGAAUCGCUCAUCUACGGCCGCUGGCCCGAGCGGGAGGAUGUUUACCAUCUUUUCUCAGACCAUGCCCUAUCCAAGAAUCUGCUGAGCCAGGCUGUGCCCCCCGGCAUGGCUCAUGCGGGGCUCGUGGACUGGGAGUCCUUCGACCAGCUCGACGACGAAGAAAAGCUCUCGGCUUCGCUCACCUCUAAAACGGACUUCGUCCGGGCUCGCGAGCGGCGCCGGAAGAGCGAGAGCAAGCUCUACAGCUUGGUUCAGGCUUACAAUGCCAGGCUUGCGGGGUCCGAGCAGGCGCAGGAAGGUGGAGGGCUCCUGCGUGCGGCUGAGCCAAUGGAUGACGCGGCUGACCUUCAGGACAAUCCCCUUGCUCGAGUUAAUUCCACCGAGGAGGAAUCGUUGAAACCGGCCGUGCGCGACGCGAGCUAGCUUGGAGAGGGUUGGCAACGGUGGCGUUGCUCUGCCCCUGAACGGAUUGAACAUGGUGCCCGACCGCCCGGUCAAGCCAGCACUGUCUCGUCGAGUCGAGCUUGCCCAGAGCUCGCCGCGACCCCGCGCGGUUGCCGGCACUUCUCUUCGUCUGUGCCCGAUUUUGGGGCUUCUAGUGCGUGUGCGCGCUGGGCAACCCGCGGCUCCUAUCUUAUUGGAUGCGUCUCCGCAUCAACCGUGGCUGUGCUCACUCUUCGCUGGAUGGACACAGCCGCGGGACGCGUGGCAGCUGCCGCGUCUGCUCCGAAGAUGCGGAUCGCUCG